AACCUGAGUUAUACAAUUCCUCAGAGACCCCCUGCAUCUUUUACAAGGGCCUCCCUGACACCCACGUUCAUACUGCUCAGAAACAGUGGUUGGCCUCCCUCUGACAAAAGAAUCCAGAUGACGUGGAACCCACGGAAGAUAAUACCUGGAAAAUGGCAGUUGUGGAAAUAACUUUGGCUGUCAUCCUAACGCUCCUGGGACUUGCCAUUCUCGUGAUUUUGUUAACAAGAUGGACACGACGCAAACAAAAUGAAAUGUAUGUUUCCAGAUACAGUUCAGAACAAAGUGCUAGGCUUCUGGACUAUGAAGAUGGCACAGGUGCAUCCUCUAAGAGAUCUAAAAGAGGAAGAGGAGAGUCCAGAGGAGAAUACACACCAUCAGCCAACUCCCUAGGACUCUCUCAGUCAAGUAUUGCAAUAUCUCGAUCAAGUAUUGGUGAUGCACAAUGUUUAAAAGCAACUCAACCUCUAUCCGGCACUCCAGGAUCUAUCAGUGGAGCUAUUGGACCUAUAAUGCAAUUCACAGCACCUAUUCCUGGAGCUACUGGACCUAUCAAGCUCUCUCAAAAAACCAUUGUGCAAACUCCAGGGCCUAUUGUACAAUAUACGGGACACAGAGCUCAAACAUCAGAAAUGACCUGUACAGGAGCCACUAUGGGACCGCCACCUGGUACAUUCAUGGGAUCAGCUCCACUUGCCGUCACUGGUUCAUCUUCAACACAGAGCAGCAAUUUACCUGUGAUACCCACAAAAAAUACUGGUUAA